CUAUGCCCCUUUGAUACCCUUUUAUAUUCCUACCAUGGGCCGGCUGCUUCUCACUUCAAGCCAGGUCUCGGUCCUGUUUUCUGCUACUGUUGUCUUUCUUUUUACCCUCGCGCUCUUUCUGUCCGGUUACGUCCUGCAACAACGAUAUGUGCACAACCUACAAGCCGCGAUAAGACCACGUCUGCCGAAACCAUUACCCGCAGCGGUUCCCAUAUUACCACCGACGCUAGAUGCGAAAUGGGCGAGACCCAUGGGAAGUCGUCCCGAGGUGGACGAGACAAUGGAGCAGUAUAUAGCAGGGCAGACGCUGGACUGGAGUAGGCUGGGUUACGUGCAGGUAGUGAGGGAGCAUAUCGAGCUGUGCAGCGCUGUUAUGCUGCUCUCUGAUCUGCACAGGAUGAAGAGUCCAGCCAGGAGGAUACUUAUGUUUCCCCGAUUGUGGUUGCAGCAGACGGAAGAGAAGCAGAAGGAGAAGUGGGAUCCAGAGUUGGCGACGACGUGGCGCUUGCUGAGGAACGCGGUGAGGCGAUAUGGCGUGCAUCUCAUACCUAUGGAGACUAUUGUGGACGGAGCAGACGCAACGUUACCGUCGUCGUAUUCACUAGCGAGCCUGUAUUCACUGGUCGAUUACGAGAGGAUAAUAUACCUGCAAGGACCCGGCGUCAUGCUCGACGCAUCUGCGCUGGACUCGUUGCUGGCGUUCUCAAAAUCCGAGCCCAUGGCCGCUUAUCCAGCGACGCCUGAGCGGACGGACUUGUCGACGUCGCUGCUCCUCAUCCAUCCAACGCAAGAAAACUACCACCAGCUGAAGAAGCUGCGAACGUCGAGUCCAACAUCAGACCUCGACCUCUUCCGGAAAACAUUCGCGGCGCCCAAGUCACUAAUUUCAGAGUGGUCGCUGUCUAUGGGAAACGUCGUCUUCGUAUCGCAGAGCCUUUGCGACGCGAGUGAUAGCUUCAACGCGACCGAGUUCGAGCAGGCGACUACGUUUGUGCGGCUGUCAGAUGCCGGGCUGCCGGGGCCCGAGUACGAUGUGCCAUUCUGGGAGCGUGCAAGAGUGCGGCCCAAGAACGAGCAGGCCAAAGAGGCGUGGGGCAGGCUGUACGAGAGGUUCCGGCAGCAGCGCAUGGAGGUGUGCGGGCUGGACCUUGAGGUGUAUCAGCCUGUGGUGCUGUCGGGCGUGACUGAUGAACUGUGA